AUUCUCCUGCUCGUAUUUAUCCGGCGGAAAAUCUGUUCACAAUUGUAGAUGCAGAUUUUUGCCCGCUGAUUUCAUCGCUCGAGAUCGACUCAGAUCUAAAAACGAGAAGGAACCCAUGAGAGUAACACCUUGGAGCCAGUACCAGUUGGUAGACCAAGAGACUGAUCUCCAGCUGGCUCCUGGGAAGAAUCGGCUUGUCCGUGGGUGCGCCUCCUUUGUGUGCUUCGGUCGCCCUGCCGCUGGACAUGAAAGCACUUCUCCCCUGAAAGUUGGACCAACUCAAAACCAAGAAGUUUUGCUAGAGUCUGUAGAUAUUGUUGAGAGUAAAGAUCAAGUACAUUCUACUGAUCCAGUUGAUUUCAAUGAAAAUAUUAGAACGGUGGUUAGUCUUAAGAGUAGCUUGAAGAAAUCAGCAAAUGUUGGUCUGGUUGCUCGUGCUGUAGAUGGUGGAAACUCCAACAAGCAUGAAGUGGACAGAGGUGUUGCUAGUGAAUUGGAAAAGAGGAAAGUGCAGUGGACAGAUACAACUGGGGGAGAGCUUUUUGAGAUACGAGAAUUUGAGAUGAGUGAAGAUGGAUCAGAUGAUGAAUUUGAUCACGCGACUGCAAAGAGUUGUUCAUGCAUAAUAAUGUAGUCCUUCAUCUUUCUUAGGUGCUUAUGGGCUCGAUUUAUACUAUGACAAGCCUUUGGUGCGUCACGUCACCUGAAGUCCGAGCAAAAAAGUACUGGUUUGAUCAUCCCCCAGCUCUGUCAUCGGAUGACGGGAAAAAAGGAAAGUUUGAGGUAAUGCAAGAUGCCAUGGCUAUUCACUGGCCUGUUCUGAUCAUAUUCUUACUUGCAUUCCAUUCCAGCGCAAUGGGCAUUUUUUGUUUCCCUUCUUGUUUUCGAGGCUGCAAAUACUGUAUUUUGGUGUUCAUAUAUUGUUGUUUAGAUUUGGAGAGGAUGGACAAGGAAUUUAGUCGUCUCAUUAUUUAUAUUUUGUAGCUGUCAAUAUGAAGUAGAGUUUCAUUUGAAAAGAUUUGUAAAUUUUGCUUUGAUUGAUGCUAUGAAGGAUUUCUAUAUACAUUUCCUUAUCACUUUUUUUUA